AUGUCACUCCGGCGCAUGUCGCCCAGCCGCGAGUUUGGCAAGUUCGGACGGCAGAUACGAGCCGUUCGUUGCGUGAAGCUACUAUUGAUGGGCGCAUUCAUAACCUGUCUGAUAUAUUUCUAUAUCGACAGCACGAAUCAAGUAAAGUAUGCGUUCGACUCCGAUCCCUUUACACCGAGCAAGGAGGAGGAGGCUGCCAAAGUCGCUCCAGGAGAGUAUUUGAGCAACGAAAUCGCCCUACCGAGUCUGGAGCCGCUGUCCCAGCAUAAAAAUAAUCCACACAAGCAAAUGCAUCAACAGCCUGCAGCACAUGUGCGAGACGUCGACUUUGAGCAGGCUCUCCGCCGCGUGGAGGACCUUCUUCCCAGUGAGAUGGAGGCCCGCUGGAUGCUGCACACCAUUGAAGGCACAGGUCCGGAGAAGCUGCGGGAGAUUGGACUUCGCACGCGUGAAUACAAAAAGUUUUUCAAAGCCUGGGAGACGUUGCAUUCGGUGGAAAGCGGUCCUCACACGACAUUCCUCAGAGCCGACAUGAUCCCUUUUAUCCGUCGGUACUUUUCCACGAGCCCGGACGGCAUCACCGCCGGCAGUGUAGAACAAACAGUUCGCACGUACGAAAAGUACAAAUCCUUCAUGUACAAGUUUGAGAAGCUGAUCGCCAGCUGGACCGCACCGUACUUUGCAGACCACAUGACAUUGCACUUGAACUUGAAGCACGGAGGGCGCGGCAUCGUUGUCACUGCUGGCAACGCCCAGGCCGCACACUUGAAAACACUCGUGCAUAGCUUGCGAGAUAUUGGAUGCACUCUGCCCAUCGAAGUCAUGUACUUAGACGACGAUGACCUCGGCCCCGACGUGCAGGCAGAACUUUCGGGUCUCGACGGAGUCAUUACCCGAGAAAUUGGGCCAAUGGUGGAUGACAACGGUUGGAAAUUGGCUGGCUGGGCGGCGAAGCCCUACGCAAUCCUUUUUUCCAGUUUUCGUGAGGCCAUCUUCGUUGAUGCCGACAGCCUCUUUUUCCGGGAUCCAGAGCUUCUCUUCGACGAUGAGGACUACCGGAAAACAGGCGCGCUGUUCUUCAUGGACCGGGCGCUUUGGCGCGAAUCGAAACAGGACUGGCUCAAAAAGGUGUUGCCCAAGCCCAUCUCUUUGAAGGUUCUCGCGAGCCGCUAUUGGAAAGGCGAGAGUGGACAGAUGCAGGAGUCGGGAGUCGUCGUCGUGGACAAGUGGCGUCAUUUCAUUGCGAUGCUCGCCGUCUGCCGCAUGAAUGGUCCCGAGAGAGACGGCCAGAAAGACAAGGGAAUAGUCGGUGUUUAUGACAUGGUUUAUGGAGACAAGGAAACAUUUUGGAUCGGCUGGGAACUCGUGGGUGAUACGGACUACGCGUUUCAUCGCGGCCGCGUUGCCGUCAUGGGCGUCGCCGAGCAAGAAAAAGACAACAAAGCUUCCGACAAAGCUUCCGACAAAGAGAAGGCUGAUGCCGGGGAGCUCAAAAGGGCGUCCCAAGCAGGUGCGACGACGAACAAAACCCUCCCAAAAGCCUACACAGUCUGCGCGCCGCAGCUGCUUCACCUAGGUGUCGACGGCAGCCCGCUUUGGUUUAACGGCGGCCUGGUUCAAAACAAGUUUCUCGACAAGAAGGAGUGGGAGUUUGGCAACUUUCGCGAAUUCGUUGUCGAGCCCGACAAGCUGUCGCCGACGUCGUGGAAAAUGCUGGGCGGCAACAAGGCGUGCCUGACGGGUGCGGCGGGCCUGAAACACGCGCUGAGCGAGGCGGAAAGCGUGAUGAUCCAAGCGAUGAUCGACCACGCAAGAAGGUUUCUGUGA